GAGUGGAGAGGUGGAAUCAGUAAGGCGCUAGCUGAAGAAGAGGGCGCGGCUAGCGGGCUGGCGAGCCAUGCGACGGCAGAUACGGAGUUAACCAUUAUGCAUGGACGGCCAGCAAGUGCUUCUUAGGAUUCUCAAGGAAUGCGGCGAUGAGGCGUUGCGCGACAUGCAGCCACUGAGCGGCGUGAGUGGCGCCGCAUCCCCCUGAUAGCUUGAUAGCUGCGCCGUUGGUCGACGAUCAGAGACGCGUGAGAUAGGGGCGUUAGGCCGCCCGCAGUGAACGACAAGAGUGUCAUAGGGGUGCGGUAAAGGCGAACACGGAAGGGGAACGCCGGGCGGGGCGGUAUGCCCCGUUCGCUAGUGUGGAUCAGGGGGGGUUAGGUGGAGAGUAGAAGAGUUUGGAAGGCGGCAGUGAAGGACGAACGUAGGUAGGCUGAAGGCGAACAGCGAAGGGGGCGGGGGGAGGGAGGGGCGGCAUGCCCCGUCUGUUUGUGGAGGGCUUCUUUUUGUCGUGGCUCGACAGCUACGAGGACGUGCAGAACGCCGCGCUCACGCUGCUCUACCUACAGGUGUUCAUCGGGCUGCUGGGCGUGGUGGGCCCCACCUACACGGGCGUGCUUGUGGCAGACGUGGUGGUGGCGCUGUUUGGCCUGGUGGCCGUGGCCAGCGGCUACCAGGCGCUGGGGCGCACGUACGCGCUGCUGCUGCCGCUCAUGCUGCUGCUCGACACGCUCUGGCUCGCACUCUUUGCCCCCCACAUCUGGAGCACGGAGCUCACAGACCCGUGGAGCCGCCACCCGCUGGUGGCAGCGGCCGUGCUGCUGGAGCUCGCGUGCCAUUGCCUCACCUUCGCGCUGCGCCUCCUCUCCGCGCUGCUGUGGCUCCAGAUGCUGCGGCUGGGCCUGGCGGAGCAGGGGUUGGGCAUGGCGGUGCCCAGCUCCGAGGUGCACUCCUACCUCGCGCAUUACGACGCCCUCGCCCCCUACCGGCCAGACACCCUCGCCCCGUACCGCCCGCCAACCUCGGCCACGCCGGACCUGAGCCCGACGGCGGUGCGGCAGCGGUCGGUGAGCGACGAGUUCCUGGGGAGCUCCAUCUUCCACCCCUCGUCCUUCGCCACGCUCUUCCAGUCCGACCACCUGCACAACUACCUCUCCGAGGACGGCAGCAGCAGCGCGCCCAACAGCCUGGACAGCAGCUAUGGGGGACAGCCCGUGGUGGCAGCUGGGGAGGAGAAUGAGCAACCUGCACGGUCACCACAGGAGAUUCCACAGCCUGUUUGAGCUGAGCUCUCUUCGCCUUGGCGUUGUUGGUGUGUGUACAGACAAGCACGGUCACCACAGGUGAUGCCGUGGCCAGCUUAGCUUGUUGUCAGUGGAGCGCAGCUUUGACUGCCUUCACUCCCGGAGUGGUUUAGGCAAGUGCAGAUGAGCAUGCAGCACAGUCGCCCCUGCUUGCGCCCACCUGUCCGUAGUUAAUAAGCUGUCUGUAAUCUAGGUAGCUUCCUGCAGGCAUGUUCCAGUGGUACUAUGCAGACCAUGUCUUCCCUUGGAAGGGACACUGAGUCAUCCUGAAUAAGCAUUUUCACGUGAA